CAGGAGUGGGAGAAACGAAUUCGGAUGGUCAAUGUGGCGUAAGAUUAGCUUAAGCUUGUCCGUGGCUUGAACAGUGUGUCUAUGUUAAUUCGACGUAGAGAAAAUUCGUAAUUUUAUAUUAGUUAGUGUUGAGUUCAUUUGUGUGUCCAAGAGAAAUUUUUGUGUCGUGUGAUUCUAAAUAUGCGCAGAAAGGGGCGUGAAAGAGAAUAGUCGCGCGAGCCGGUAGCCGGGUAUAUUGAUUCACUGUGAACAUUUGGCGUAUUUAUACAUAUAGCUAGUGCGCUUUGCAACGUUCUCGUGAGAUCCCGACAUACAGUCCAAUUCUCUCAUGAGCAAGUAGGGCUUUUCGUGGCCCGCUUGUCGUUUACUUCAGGGGAAAAAAGAUGGGCGUUGAGGUAUUUGACUGCCUGAACAAUUAUCUACGAAUAGAAUAUUGCAAGAAGUCGUACUUAGGUGUCUUAUGGAUUUUCACGAAUGUACUCUGGAUAAUACUUGGAAAAUUUGUUGACUUCACAUCUGGUGUGUACCACGUACGAAUCAAUUUUUAGUGUGUGGGAAAUUAUAUAUAAAUCCGGGAUUAGAGACUUGUACGUAUACUAUCAAGGCCUUAUAUUUUACGAAAAUAUUCUACAAAAAUAUAAUAAAAAUGGCUAAGAGAAAUACAAAUAGAUCAAAAUACAAUGUUGCAUGUUCAAUUGCUGUUAUACUCUUGCUUAUUUCUGCGUUUAAAUAUCGAUCGACUAGUUCUUUUUAUAAAUUUCGCUUACAUUAAUCUUAAUAAUUUUACCAUCAAGGCCUUAUGUAAUCGAAUGAGUGCCAAAGAAGAUAUAUGCUAUCAUUCUUAUUGGCAAUGAUGUUUUUUAAUCGAGUUUUUAUGGCUCCGCCACAUGGUAUUCGCACCUACAUAAACCGGCGGUGUCAUGGCGGGCUCUGUUGCCACUUUAGCAAUUCUCUGGGUGUCCCUGCAGACGAUGGGGCUUUUGGGUCACUCCCAUUCGAUUGGUACUUACAAACUGCCCGAGUCUCUGCAUAAUUAUCUUGCCAGUUACACCGGACUGCCAUCUAAUUAUGGCUCUGAAGCUAUCGUGGAUACCGGCCGUUUUCAAAAUCGAAGGUUUCCCAGAAUAGAUGGGGCAACUUUGAACAAUUCGAUCGCGUUUGCGCAAACGUUAAUCGAUCGUAUGAGUACCCUUGAAAAUAAUAUCGCGAACGCCGGUGUCGAACUCAAAGCACGAAGUCCAGCCGAGAAACAAUUUUGGAAUUCUUAUCCUUCCACGGAUGCCUUCGAUAGGAGCAUCGAUGCCCUCAUUGCAACGAAAGCCUCAUCAUAUCUCGUGCAACAAAACUGUCGAAGAUUCGGCUUAGAUAAGAAUGACUGUGCUCGCUACAUAUCAACGUUGGGCUUGCGGGGCACCCCACUUGGUGAGUCUUGUGCCGCGGUGCAUAACGUAAAAUGCGAUGAAAUGUCCAAAUAUCGCAGCAUUGACGGCACCUGCAACAACAUUGAAAAUCCGAGCUGGGGCAGCGCGAUGACCGCGUACACCAGAGUACUAUUCUCCCAAUACUUCGACGGCAUCCAAGAACCGAGACGCGUUGGACAAACAAAGAAACCAUUGCCAAGUCCAAGGCUCGUAAGCGCCGCUUUGUCCACCGCGAACGAUCAAUCGGAUGCUAGCAGAACACUGGCAGUCAUGGAAUGGAGCCAAUUCAUCGCUCAUGACAUGGCCCACACGCCAGUUCGUAAGAUGGUCUCAACUGGAAAACCAAUCUUUUGCUGCCAGUCGGAUGGAGAUACUCUAUCACCGCGUCAUAUUCAUCCAGAUUGUUCUCCGAUUAGCGUUCCAGAUCGCGAUCCCGUUUACGGUGAACAUUAUGUACGGUGCAUGAAUUACGUUCGGUCAUUACCUGUCUUAAGAUCAGAGUGUAAUUUUGGACCUAUAGAACAGAUGAACCAGGCGAGUCACUUUUUAGACGGUUCUACGAUUUAUGGUUCUACUCUGAAGAAAUCUCGCGAACUUCGCACUUUUGAAGGCGGACAUCUUUGCGUCGAAGUGCGAAACAACCACACGUAUUUGCCAAGAGAAGAUGCCGGACUUGUGUCGCAAUGUGGAGAGAAUUGCUACAAUUCCGGUGACGAUCGCGUGAACGUUCAUCCUCAAUUAGCUGUAAUUCACACGGUUUGGCACCGUGAACAUAAUCGCGUUGCAGAUGAACUUGCCAGGUUAAAUCCGAAUUGGUCGGACGAGGUUUUGUACCAAGAGGCUAGGCGCAUCGUAAUCGCAGAGAUUCAACAUAUCACGUACAAGGAGUGGUUGCCCAUCCUGUUGGGCAGAAGAUACACUCGUGCCAUCGGUCUCACUGUAGGUAAUAGUUACAGUCAUAACUAUAAUUCCGAUGAUGAGCCGGCGAUCAGUAAUGAAGCCGCCACCGCAGCGCUACGUUUCCUGAACUCACUGAUGCAGGGAAAACUGAAUUUGCCGGAUAAUUUUCGUCAAAAGAACAAAACGCUACAACUGGCGGAACAUUUCUUCAAUCCGCGCGUAAUCGAAUCGGAGGAGGUGUUUGAUGGAUUGCUCCGUGGUCUUGCUACUCAAACCAGCCAGAAGAUGGACAUUAAUCUUAUUCCAGACAUGACAAGUAAAUUGUACACCAGCAAUGGCAACGAUUUAGGCUUGGACGCCAUUAGCUUGGACAUUGAACGUGGCCGCGAUCAUGGCCUUCCAGGUUAUAAUUAUUACCGUAGAUACUGUGGACUUUCUACCGCCAAAAAUUUUGACGAUUUCCUAGAUUAUAUUCCUGUGGAAAUGAUGAGAAAACUACGCACAAUUUAUUCCCAUCCCAAUGAUGUUGAUCUUAUCGUGGGCGGUAUGGCAGAGAGACCGGCAGACGAUGGCAUGAUCGGUCCGACUUUCCGCUGUCUCAUUUACGAACAAUUCUCCAGAUCCCGGCGUACCGAUAGAUUUUUCUAUGACUCCGCGACGCAACCGCAUCCUUUCACAUCUGAACAACUGACUCAAUUGCGUAACGUCACUUUAGCGCGAAUAUUCUGCGACAAUGGCGAUGAUGUCACGCAUAUGCAGCGUAAUGUGUUCCUUAAGCCGCAAGCAGGGAACGAAUUGAGACGGUGCACAGACUUUGAGGCGAUACCCAGCGUGGAUCUUUUUGCCUGGGCAGAAAGGGCAAAAGCAUAUCGUUGAAGUUCUUAAUUAAUUGACUGGUCACACAAGAAAUGCACCCGUUCACCUGUAGAAAUAUUACGGGUCUGAGGAAGGGUUUCGACAAGCUCACAGCGAAAAUGGGCGCAUUGAAUAAUGAUUGCGUGAGACUACAUAUAACAGUCUCGUCGGAAUCGUCGCGUAUGAAUGUCACAAUGUCACGGUGACGAUGUCGCGUAUGCCACGAUGAAGCAAUUGAGGCGGUGAAAGGCAGAACAAUGACAAAAACACGUGACUAGUCGAUUAAGAAAACGUCCAACAAAUGGAAUGAGACUGAAUAAGACGGGGGAAGUGCAAACUGAGGACUGCAAGAAAAUGAAUGGAUGAACAAAUGGUUCUUGGCUCAAUCGAGAAAACUAGCAUUAAAAUUCACUUUGAGACUGGUUUCAUUUGCAGAAUUGCAUUUUGCGAAACGGACGAUUUGGUAUUAUAUAGUCUGAUACACGUGUAAACGCAUCUGUAGGUAGCCUCGGGCAUAUACUUAUUAAGAUAAAUGUAUGAGGAUAGUGGGACACAAGUGUUAUUCGCUUAAAUCAUAUUUGUGGUUCGACAGUUAUAUUCGAAUCGAGGCUGAAGUUGAGACUAUUUAGCGACUGAAUUUGUGAUGAUUUAGAAUAUAGAAAUGCGUACAAUUUUUAUUUCUAAGCGAUAAUUGUAAUACAUUGGUACUAUUACGUGAGAUUGUAAGCAUCUGGUCAAUAAAUAUGGAAUACAAAGUUCUAUAUAAAUUACAUUAAGUAAAAAAAGUUCAUUAUCAAUACUA